AUGGCGAAUAAGCUGGAGAAGAACGACGUCAAGGAGCUCCAGCCCUUGUUCAAGAAGCAGUACGACGCGAUCAACGCGACGCCGAGCGCCGUCGAGAGCAGGAUGAAGCCUUGGCGGCAGCACCGCGAAGAUGUUGCCGAGCAGCGACAGGAGGUUGCCGGCAAUGAGCCACAUGAAGUCGGCAUCUCGCGCCUUGCCGAUGGUUUCUUCCCCUGGCCCCGGGCUCGAGUGCCGGUCGAACCCGAGACAAGCUGGGAUGAUCGCCAGGGCGAGAAAGAGGAUGAACAACGUGCUUGA